AUGACAGCUCUUCAACUUCUUUCUUGCAAUCCUUCAGCAUUCAACUUUGGAGGCAAGAAGUGGUACCUGAAGAAGCGUGUCCACUCUUGUGUCUCAACUGAAGAUGAACCGCCGAUGGAAGAAGUCGAAACAUUUUGUAGAGUUCCUUUAUGGGAAGCAAUUCGGGGAAAGAAGUACAAAUACGAAUCAGCAGUCAAGCUUGCCAAGUUCUUGAUUGAACGAGACAUCUCUUGGGUGGCCACUGAGCCUAACGUGGACAACAGCAAGCCGCAGACCCACAAUUUUCGAGUAGAUACCUCCUCAACUUCUCAGAAAGAAGAAAUAAUUAAGACUGAACAAAAAGAUCCCACAGGUCAAGAGACUAAGACACAAGCAGAGGUGGCUGAAACACCACUGAUUUUGGCCACCAAGACGGGCAUUCUUGAGAUUGUUGAGGCAAUACUCAGCAUGUACCCUCAGGCUGUUGAGCAUAUAGACGAUGAAGGGAGAAAUAUAUUGCACGUGGCCAUCAAGUACCGCCAAAUUCAUAUUUUUGAUUUUGUGGUGAAGCUGGAAAUACCAAUGAUGAGGCUUGUUAGAAAGAUCACCAAUAAUGGGAAUUCAGUGCUUCACAUGGUUGGGGUCAAGGCCGAUGAUAAUGCUGACAAAGACUUCAGAAGUCCUGCCUUGCUUUUGCCGUGUGAAGAAAAUAUCUGCAGCCCAUUUGACCAAGCACUUCAACAACGAAGGCCAGACAGCAGAAAAGCUCUUCGAAAAAACAACACAAAACUUCGUGAGGAUGCCAAAGACUGGCUCAAAAGGACCGCAGAGAACUGCUCCAUCGUGGCAGUCUUAAUUGCCACUGUUGCCUUUGCAGCUGCCUACACGGUGCCAGGUGGCCCGAACCAGAACACGGGCUACCCUCUCCUCCGUAACCAGUCAUUUUUUGUAAUUUUUCACCAUUACCGAUGUGCUCUCCCUCACUUUUGCCUUGACCUCAGUCAUCACAUUCCUCUCCAUUCUUACUUCAUCUUUUCGAAUGGAGGACUUCAAGCAGUCUCUCCCACGAAAGCUCAUGGGUGGGGUAACACUUUUGAUUCUGUCAGUUUCAAUGAUGAUGGUGUCUUUUGCAGCCACUGUGAUACUUCUGAUUCAGAACAAGGAGCAAUGGACUAG